AUGGAUCGCAGGUGCCCACGACUUCCACGAAUAAAAUCCCCUCCCACGUAUGCUCAAUGCCUUAGAACGGCGGCUUAUGUCUUGAAGGCUCUAGAGGAAGUCGGAGAGCCAUCUUGUUGUCUUAUAGGCGGGCUUGGUAUCAAAUUGCACGGGAUCAAACGGGGAAUGAAGAUGACGAUCAAGCAAGCGCUCUGUGAUCAUGACCCAGAACGAUUUUGCCUCAUAGAUCCUAUUAGAACGCCCAAUGCCACGUUCAAGAGACUCAUGUAUCAUGUUCCACGUUCUCCCCGUCUCAUCGAAAUUGACCUUCUCUUUGCCAAUGAACCAUCGGUAGAAAUUCCAAGAGGUUUGACCAUCGAACAAGCUGUCGUGCUAUCAGGCUUGCCAGUAGCACCGCUCCACUUUAUUCUCUAUCACAAGCUCCUUGGAUGGGAGGAUCGUGUCGACGCUGUAGGGCGUCCAGACAAGCGACAAAAGGCGAACAGCAAAGACCGACUCGACAUCCUUCGGCAAUAUCGCACCUCCUCCUCCCCAAUUCACUUGCUCAGAAAGAUAUGUGUUUUCAUCAGUCUUUGUCAGAAUGUCAGAGUUUCCACUGGUUGGAGGGCGACAUUCCAGAGUUACGGAUGGAGGGUUGGAUUCAAAGUGGAGGCCAAGGCAAAAGUUAGCGCCAUGCCGUUGAAGAGAGCCAGACGUACAUACCCAUCCAUGUUUGACUCUGGCUCGAACUUGAGCCCAACAUUCUUCUCUGCGAAGGUAAGGGAGGGUGUAAUAUUUGAGGAGACUGGAUCAUUGGAAAUUCUAAGCGCUUUCAUGAUUCUUCUCGACGGUGAUUAG